AUGUCAACCUCCUCAAAUGCUCAGAUAACAACAAUUAAGGUCCAUGACUGUGCCGACAAUGAAGUCGAAAUCUCUUACGAGAACCCAAUAGAUAUAGGCCAUGGUUCUUUUGGUACCGUUUCAAAAUGUCAAUUGAUAUCUCCUCAGUUCCAAACAAUUGCCAUCAAGAAGGUAUUACAAGAUAAAAGAUUCAAAAAUAGAGAAUUACAAAUAAUGAAGACUUUGAAUAAUGAGCAUAUAACUAAAUUAUUCUACUAUAAUUAUGAAAAUGACUCUGCAAGUCAAACAAAUUCAAAUAAUAAUAACUUAUAUUUGAAUCUAAUGAUGGAAUUUUUACCAACAACUUUAUAUAAAAGAAAUCAAUUCUUUACAAUUAAGAAAUUAAACAUGCCAUUACAAGAAGUUAAAACUUAUAUGUUUCAAAUAUUAAAAGCUUUAGAUUAUUUACAUGAUUUUAAAAUUUGUCAUCGUGAUAUAAAACCUCAAAAUAUUUUGGUUGACCAUCAACAAGGUAUUGCCAAAAUUUGUGAUUUUGGUUCUGCUAAAAUUUUAUCUCCAACUGAACAAAAUGUUAGUUAUAUAUGUUCAAGAUACUAUAGAGCCCCAGAAUUAAUCUUUGGUGCAACUAAUUAUACAACAAAGAUUGAUGUUUGGUCAACCGGGUGUGUAUUUGCAGAAUUAUUAAUUGGUCAACCUUUAUUCCCUGGUGAAUCUGGUAUUGAUCAAUUGGUUGAAAUCAUCAAGAUCUUGGGUACUCCAACUCAUGAAGAUAUCAUCUCCAUGAAUAAUAACUAUACAGAUCAUAAAUUCCCAAUUAUUAAAAAAAUUCCAUUAUCAAGGAUUUUCAAAAAUUUAAAUAAUCCAAAUGAUGUGGAAAUUUUGAAUUUCUUGGAACAAUUCUUAUUAUUCAAUCCAAAUAAAAGAAUCAGUGCCAAGAAGGCUAUAACUAAUCCAUGGUUUGAUGAUUUGAAAUGA